AAGAGAUUAAAUUUACCAAGUUACUUAUACUCACUAGGGAGGGGAGGGAGUACUAUGAGAAAGGCACAUCAAUUCCGAGUAUAAUAAUAAGAAUGAAUUAACGCCAGAAAGAGAACGGGCCUAUCCAUGCGUUCAGCUCCCAAACAAACAGAACAUUAGAAUUCCAUUGACAUAAAGAGAGGGCUACGGCAAAUGCAGGGUACUACUUCGGUUGCACUAUUAUCAAGUACUUUGAUAAAAGUUUGAUUAAAGCAAAAAAUUGAUGGGAUGGUUUUGGUUCGGGUUUGCAUUAAAAGGUGAAGUUAAAUGCUCGGGUAGUGGGUUCAAAUCCCAGACCCGAAUAUCACUUGUUUCACUCGCUUCCCUUUUUGCAUUGAUUUUGUAAACCUAAUAAAGAUUUGAUUUUUUUUUUCUGUUUAUUUGGUAUAUUUAUUGCGGUUUCAAUUGCCACCUAUCUUUUGUUUCAUUUUUAGCUUUUAUUUUCAAAAAAUAUACUUUGGACCUUUUUGUGAUGCAUAGUAGAUGGUGAUGUCUUCUUCUUUAAAGUUUUUUUAGUGAAGCUGUAAGCAAAUGGGCGGAGCGAGCUCAAAAGGCGAGAGAAGUGAAGCUUUGAGGCUGUGUAAGGAGAGAAAGAGGUUUAUAAAAGAAGCUAUCGACUCCAGAUAUGCAUUAGCAGCUGGCCAUGUCUCCUAUGUUCAAUCUCUAAGAAACAUAGGCAUUGGUCUUAGGAGGUACGCAGAGGCAGAGUUGUUGAUUGAGAAUCCCUCAAAUUUCUCAUACCCUUCGCCCCCCCAGUCCCAUGCUGAAGGUGGGGCUUCAGAUUCUUCUCCAGCUCUCAACAAUGGAAGCCCCGUUUCACCCCUCACAGCCAGGUUAAGCUUCAUGACUUCAGGUGGAACUGAACCUGUCACUGUUAAGGUGGCCCAGCCACUUAGCAAUGUGAAAGUUGAUGAAGAUAGUGGCAACCGAGGCGGCCCUUCAUGGGAUUUCUUUGACCCCAUUGAUGAACUUUCUGGAAGCUUUCGGUUCGCGGUGGGUAAUGAUGGCCCGAAUGUUGGGGGAGAUGUGGUUGAAGAAGAAUUCUUGACACCUAGUUCAUCCCAUCCCGUAACACCCCAGGGGACGAAGACCAGUAGUCAGCGUGGCUUUGGAAGUGAUGCUAAGGACAUGAGCAGUAGCAGCCAAGUAAAGGGAGAGUCAGGUUUGGUAGGGAAAGAUGGGUUAUCCACAGAAAGAGAGGACCCUUCAGAGUUCAUAACACAUAGGGCUAAGGAUUUUCUCUCUAGUGUGAAGGACAUUGAACACCUUUUCUUUAAAGCAUCAGAAUCUGGUAAAGAAGUUUCCAGGAUGCUUGAGGCUAGCAAAAUCCAUGUUGGGUACUCACUUGCUAAAGGAAAAUUGUCAGCUUCAAUAUACUUGACUUCCCUUGGUGCAGUUUGUUGUCGAAGAGGAACUGCAGACGUAUCUGGUGAAGGAGGGGAGCAGAAUGCGACAAAGGUAAUUACUUGGAAGAGGACAACAUCUUCAAGGUCAUCUUCAUCAAGGAACCCUCUGAAUGGGAAAGAUGAGAACGAGGAUAGCGGGGGUGAUUUUGUUGCAGAAUUUUGCAUGAUUGCUGGAAGCCACUCUUCAACACUUGACAGAAUAUAUGCAUGGGAGAGGAAGCUUUAUGAUGAAGUGAAGGCAAUUGAAUUAAUCAGAAGGGAAUAUGACCGGAAGUGCACCCAGCUAAGACGCCAAUUCGCCAAAGAUCUUAGCUCCCAAGUGAUAGACAAAACCCGUGCAGGGGUGAAAGAUCUACAUUCACGAAUCAAGGUUGCAUUUUAUGCGGUUGACUCAAUAUCAAAGCGGAUUGAGAAAAUGAGGGAUGAAGAACUGAUGCCUCAACUUUUGGAACUUAUUCAGGGGUUGAUCAGAAUGUGGAGGGCAAUGCUUGAAUGCCAUCACACACAGUACAUAACUCUCUCGCUAGCAUACCAUGCCAAGACUCACACUACAAGUAGUAAUCCCCAAGGAGAUGAUCAGAAGAAGGAGAUAUUGGCUCAGCUAAUGGAUGAGGUGGAGUGCUUUGGGCUGAGUUUCACUGAUUGGAUAAACAGCCAGACAUCAUACGUGGAAGCUCUAAACAGCUGGCUGCAGAACUGCAUCUUGCAACCCCCGGAGCGGAAGAGCAGAAGAGCUUUCUCCCCUCGUAGGGUCAUUGCCCCACCCGUUUUCGUCCUUUGCCGUGAUUGGUCAGUCGGGAUUCAGUCUCUCCCUUCUCAAGAACUCAAUGAUGCCAUUAGAGCGCUUCUGCACGACCUGCGUCACUCAGGCGAACAACAACAUCAGCCAGAUGAGGAGCCAUUGUCAUGUGAUAAACAGGAAACAGUGGUGGGCGGUGGUGGAGCCGUGGAGAACCAUGCGAGUUUGAACCGGGUUCAUGCGAGUUUGACUGUGGUUCUGGACAGACUGAACCGGUUCUCUGAGGCGUCUCUGAAGAUGUGUGAGGAUAUCAGACAGAAAUGUGAUUCAGCCAGGAAUGCGUAUGUUAACUAUAGGCCUCCCCCAAGAUCUUUUAGUAUAUGAUGAUAUGAAUGCAGUCGUCCUGUCAAUUGGCUGGUGAACUUGUGAAAUGAUAUGAAUGUGAAAGACAGCCUUCGUUUGGUUUAGUGAGAAAAGAUAGAGAAGAGAGAAUAUAUUGUAGGUUUCGGGUGCCUUUUUUUAUAAGAGAGAAACAAAGGAAAAAAAGAAGAUAAAAAGGUUAUGAAAGAGAUGCAU